AUGGACAACCGUCGUUCGCCCCUACCUAUUUGGCUCGAUAUCCUGUUGUUCAUAAACCUCACGAUUGUCAUGGUCUGUACCUCCAAGAUCUUCCUUCACAGUCUCGGCUACUUGGAUGCCCACUAUGUCUCGGGGUCGGACGCAGAUGCUCGCGUGUUGCUUCUAGGAGGGUUCGUCAUGAUCCUGGUUGCCAUCAUGAUCAUGAGGAGAGCACAAGCUGUCAUCAGAGACGUGGAGAAGCUCAAGUCUAGCAUGUCGCUAGCCCGUCGUGAGCUAGCUGUCGCCGAGCGUAAUCGUCGAGAGUCGCGAAGGGAGGAAGAGGACGAGGCAAACCUGAAUGCACUCCGAGCCUAUGCCGACGCCAACAACGACAUCAUGGCGAUCCUGGACAGAAUGCACGGUCGCAAGGACCCCGAUAUGGCUUCUAUCAGGAGUGUGCUCGAGGUCAGAACCGCCAUCGAAGAGCUGAGGAGGAAGAGUGGCGACGAGUUCGAGAUGUACAUUGCUCGCUUGGACACUAUCCGCUCGGCUUUCAGGCAACGAGACACCUAG